AUGCGAAGUAUCUUAACCCAUGUAGAAAAACGUUUGUCGAAAUACUCGAAACACAAAACAUACUCACAAAAAAAAAAAAAAAAAAAAAAAAAAAAAAAACCACAAAACAACAAGAUGGAAGAAGCAGAAGCAGAGUUCAUAUGGAACAGAGAAACAAUCCCGAAGGUCCUCAAAAUCGUGAGCACGAGACUUCCUCAGAGAGACCUCAUCUCUCUCCUUUUGGUCAGUCCAUGGCUUUACCGUACCCUGAUCUCUUAUCCUUCUCUCUGGCAGGUUAUUGAUUUAUGUGAGAUGGGUAAUGCCGGAAAUCGGCUUGUGGCUGCUCUUUCACUGCCAAGAUAUCAUCAUGUGAAGGAGAUAAAGCUUGAAUUUGCGCAAGAUAUUGAGGACAAACAUCUUGAACUCCUUAAAAUCAAGUGCUUGGAUUCUCUUCAAAACCUAGAGUCUUUGAAUCUGAAUGGCUGCCAAAAGAUCUCCGAUAAGGGAAUUGAAGCUAUAACCAGUGCCUGUCCUAUACUGAAGGUUUUCGCUAUCUAUUGGAAUGUGAGGAUUACAGAUAUGGGUAUGAAGCAUCUGGUGAAUAACUGCAAACGUGUAACCAAUUUGAACUUAAGUGGGUGUAAGAAUAUUUCAGACGAAAGUUUGCAAUUAGUUGCUGAGAAUUAUCCGAAGUUAGAGUCGUUGAACCUGACUAGGUGCAUCAAAUUAACAGAUCAUGGAUUGCUGCAGAUAUUGCUCAAAUGCUCCUUUCUCCAGAGUCUAAACGUCUAUGCCCUUUCUGGCUUCACAGAUGAAGCUUACAAAAGAAUAUCACUUCUAUCCCAUCUUAAGUUCUUAGACCUAUGUGGUGCCCAGAAUAUAUCAGAUGAAGGACUUUCCUGUAUAGCUAAAUGCACGAACCUUGUAUCUCUCAAUUUGACAUGGUGCGUCCGAAUCACUGAUGCUGGGGUCAUAGCCAUUGCGCAGGGUUGCACCUCUCUAGAAUUCCUUAGCUUGUUUGGAAUAACUGGGGUGACUGAUAAAUGUCUGGAGACCCUCUCAAGGUCCUGCUCGAAUACAAUCACAACCCUUGAUGCGAAUGGAUGUAUUGGCAUUAAGAGACGGAGCCGUGAUGAACUGCUUCAUUUGUUCCCAUAUCUGAAGUGCUUCAAAGUGCACAGCUAACGCGUGGUCCAUGAAAUUUGCUAAUAACAGGAUCAUCUCCUUGCAGACAAGGAUAGAUGUAGGGAACUUGGGUUUCAUUUUUCUCAGUGGGAAAUAAAUGAAGAGCAGAGAAUUUUGUAGAAACAGGUGGGACUUCAUGCAUGCUGCUGCCUGAAUACAUGCAGAGGAAUAGGGAUUCAUUUCUUGGUUCCCUCGCAAAAUAUUAUCUCAUAAUGUAUCCUUGUGAUGUUACUCUCAUUGAUUACACGUUUGAAACUGUUUAUUUGCUUACAUCAAUGAAGGCAAGAGAUUGUUCUUUUA